CGACCCCAUAUCCCGAUGCCUGUGUGCAGGAUGCUCCGCCUGGGCAGCGCUCUGGGGCUGCUGCUGCUCAGCCUGACCCUCCUCAUCCUCUCCCUGCUCUCCUAUGUGGCUCUGCGCAGGGACAACAGCCUCGGCCCCCCCCGGACCCCCCCGGGGCACAUGUACAUGUUCCAGGCGGGAUUCAGAUCCCAGUUCGCCCUCAAGUUCCUGGAUCCUUCCUUUGUUCCCAUCACCAAUUCCCGAAGUCAGGAAUUCCAGGACCAGCCUCCCAAGUGGGUCUUCAACCGGACAGCGUUCGACCAGCAGAGGCAGGACAUCCUCAAACACGUCGACAUCACCCGCAACUUCUCCCUUACUCGUUCUUCAGUACAUGUGGGUCAGCUCCUCCACUUCGCCUACUCCAGCCACAAAUACGUCUACUCCGUCAGCUCCUCCUUCCUCUCCCUCCUUCCGGAACAUUCCCCAAUCCUGGAAUCCCAUCCCCCCACCUGCGCCGUGGUCGGGAACAGUGGGAUCCUAUUGGGAAGCGGUUGUGGGGCCGAGAUCGAUAGGGCCGACUUCGUGUUCCGCUGUAACUUCGCCCCUACGGAUGGAUUCCAUAGGGAUGUGGGGCGGAAAACCAACCUGACCACCUUUAAUCCCAGUAUCCUAGAGAAGGAUUAUAACAACCUAUUGACCAUACAGGACCGGAAUAACUUCCUAUUGAGCUUAAAGGGUCUGGAUGGGGCCAUCCUAUGGAUCCCAGCGUUCUUCUUCCAUACGUCGGCCCCGGUGACUAGGACACUAGUGGAUUUCUUUGUGGAGCAUCGGGAUAGGAUCAAGGUCCGGUUGGCUUGGCCGGGGAAUAUCAUACAGCAUAUUAAUAGGUACUGGCAAGCCAAGCAGCUCAACCCCAAGCGCCUGAGCACCGGGAUCCUAAUGUACACCUUGGCCUCGGCCCUAUGCGACCGCAUCCACCUUUAUGGGUUCUGGCCCUUCCCAUUCCACCCCCAUUCCCGACGGGAUCUGCCCUAUCACUACUAUGACAAGAGGGGCACCAAGUUCACCACCAAGUGGCAGGAAUCCCAUCAGCUCCCAUUGGAAUUCCAGCUGCUCUAUAGGAUCCAUAGGGAAGGGUUGGCCAAGAUGACCCUAUCCCAUUGCUCCUAAUGGGGGCGGCAUUCCCGGUAUUCCCGUUAUCCCAUAUCCCUUUGUUAUCCCAUAUAGAGCAUCCUUUGUAUCCCAUUGAGGGCGUUUGGCUUUGAUCCCUAUGGAA